AUGGCGCCCCCAAUAGGCCUGCUAAAGGCUGAGGCACCUGGGGAUCCUUUGUUUCGGCGCCUUGCGGUGGCGCCCGAUUACGCAGCGUUGAGCGGCGGGGCCAUUCUUGCAACCUGGGGUGCACGGUCGGUUCCUGUGAUUACUGCAGCUAAUAAUAAGAACAGUGCCGAUGAGGUUCCGUCUCUAUGUUACGACCGAUCCUUGCCUUGGGUGGGGCUUCCAUAUCCUGCAAUGGAUGUGGUGUGGUGCCCUUUUAAAAAGGGAAAUAGUUACGCUACGUUUCUUACGGCAUGUCGCAGCUGUCCGCUCCAAAUGUGGGAUCUCGAUGAUGCAUCAUUACGUGCAUCGUACUGUUGCUAUAAUGCUGCUGGAAUGCUGGCGUACCCACAUUCCACCUUGUGGUCUCGCCAUCGCACACUUGUGGCUGCCGGCUACGGCGGCUCUGAGGACAACAUUCACGUACGCCUCUAUGACGUCCUUCGCGAAGGAAGUACUGUCGUGUCGUCGUACCGUUCUCCGUGCUCAAAGGGUAUAGUCUCAGCACUCUCGGAUGGCCCAGCACCCUGCCAGGAAAAGUUGCUGCUGGCGGGAUUCAUGCGUUCCGGCAACGUGGAUAUUGUGGACACGCGUCACUGUGGGGCUGCCGCCGUGCUGCGCGGUCUUCGUUCAGGCGUGGCGCAGGUCAGUGCACAUCCAACCGCAGAGCACAUGGUGUACGCCGCUGGGCGACUCGGUGACAAGAGAAUAGUCUGCUGGGACACUCGAAAAUGCAACCAGCUACUAGCAACAUUUGAAAGGGAGGUGCGUACGCAGCAACCGGUGCAUUUUGGGUUUGUACAACGCACGGACACAGAAGCUCCGCGAGUAGAUCUGGUGUCAGCGACGCACGAUGGUGGCGUUUUGGUAUUCGAUGAAGCCGCCGCCGCAGCUAAAGAAGUGACAGCUACAGCGCGUGAGCCACGUCGUGUUGGAGUAGACCUUGGGCCUACCGCUGGAUUGGCCGUUCUUGACACCAAUGGUGUAAUUGCCGUAACGGUGGGAGAGAAGCGGUACGCCGUGCAAGACAGGUGUGAGGCUAACACCGAUUCGCCUGGUACGAUGAGGAAACCGGCAAAGCGAAGCCGUGACCUGUUUGAGGGCCAUGACCUGGAGAGCGAUGAAGAUUCAGAAAUAGGACGAACUGCGGGAGGCAUUGCAGUGUUGAGCGUGUAA